AUGCCCGCGCCCGCGAACGCGUACGACGUCCCGGCGCUGCGCCGGCUCCGCGGCGCGGCGAGCGCGAGCGAACGAACGGAGAAACGGAGCGCGGCGCGGGCCGCCGCGCUGCUGCCGCUCGUCAAGGGCGUGUCGGGAUCGUUCGGAGGCGUCAUCGAGGCGUGCUGCCUGCAACCGGUGGACGUGGUGAAGACGCGGUUGCAGUUGGAUAAGUCGGGGCAAUACAAGGGCGUGGUGGACUGCUUCAAGAAGAUUCACGCCGAGGAAGGCGUGGGGGCGCUUUGGAAGGGGUUGAAUGCGUUCGCGACGCACUUGUGCUUUAAGUACAUGCUGCGAAUGGGCACGAACGCGACUUUUCAGGCGGCGCUGAGGGACGAGGAGGGGAAAUUGACGACGGGUAAGCGCAUGGCGGCGGGGUUCGGCGCGGGCGUCGUCGAGGCGCUGUGCAUCGUGACCCCGUUUGAGGUGGUGAAGAUUCGCUUGCAGCAACAAAAGGGGAGCGUGAACUUGAAGUACAAAGGCACGUUACACGCCGCGCGAACGAUCAUGAAGGAAGAGGGUGUGAUGGCGAUGUGGAACGGCGCGGGGCCGACCAUCGCGCGAAACGGAACGAACCAAAUGUGUCUGUUCACCGCCAAGGCGCACGUCGACUCAUUCUUGUGGGGGAAACACGACGGCGAUGGCAUGGCGUUGCAUCCGGUGCAAUCUUUAAUUUCCGGUGGGUUGGCGGCGACGAUUGGGCCGGUCGCCACGGGACCGUUCGACGUCGUGAAGACGCGUCUCAUGGCGCAGAGCAAAGCGGGCGUCAUCAAGUACAAAUCUUUCCUGCACGCGUUGUAUCUCAUUCCGAAGGAAGAGGGGAUGUUGGCGAUGUGGAAGGGGCUGCUACCGAGGUUGAUGCGCAUCCCCCCCGGACAAGCCAUCACUUUCAUGGUAGCGGACGGCGUAGUUUCCCAUUUCGAAAAGUCUUUUUCCCAAGAAGACGACGACUAG